AUGCUGCGCACAUCGGCCACCAACCUGCUGCGCAAGAGCCUUGUGCGCAGCACUCCCGCCCUGGCCUCGCGAGCUGCCUCGACUCACGCCAUCUCCAACCCUACCCUCGCCAACAUCGAGAAGCGAUGGGAGGGUAUGCCCCUCCAGGAGCAGGCCGAGCUCUGGAUGGCUCUGCGUGACCGCAUGCAGUCCAACUGGACCGAGAUGACCCUCCAGGAGAAGAAAGCUGCUUACUGGAUUGCCUUCGGCCCUCACGGUCCCCGCGCUGAGGACCCCCCUGGAACCAACGCCCGCGUCGCCUGGGGUGUCUUCAUUGGUAUUGCUGCCAGUGUCGGUCUCUUCGGCCUGGUCCGCCUUGUCGCUAAGCCUGCUCCUUACACCAUGACUCAGGAGUACCAGGAGGAGACCAACGAGUUCCUCAAGAACCAAAAAUCCGAUCCCUUCACUGGUAUCACCUCUGCUGGUUACGCUGGCAAGGGUAUGGUCCAGUCUCCUCCCAAGGGCAACUAA